CCCACCGAGGGGACAGUGUCCCACGGGGGACGUGUGAGCAGAGCCCACCGAGGGGACAGUGUCCCACAGGGGACGUGUGAGCAGAGCCCACCGAGGGGACAGUGUCCCACGGGGGACGUGUGAGCAGAGCCCACCGAGGGGACAGUGUCCCACAGGGGACGUGUGAGCAGAGCCCACCGAGGGGACAGUGUCCCACGGGGGACGUGUGAGCAGAGCCCACCAGGGCGCACGGGCCUGCAUGUGCCAUGUGAAGGCAGAGGGGACGCAGGAGGCCAUAGGGGACACCUGGUCCCAUGGGUGCCACACCAGGCUGCAGGCAGCAUGGCUGGUCCUGUGGGUGCCACAUGGGCCCGGGGGGACUGUGAGCCCCCACUGAACCCCAGGUGGGUGCCCAAGCCGCCCCUCCCCCCGCAGCCCACAUCGAGGUGAUCCCCUGCAAGAUCUGCGGGGACAAAUCCUCGGGGAUCCACUACGGCGUCAUCACCUGCGAGGGCUGCAAGUGCAGGGAUUUUUCCGGCGCAGCCAGCAGAGCAGCCUGAGCUACGCUUGCAGCCGCCAGCAGAACUGCCCCAUCGACCGGGCCAGCCGCAACCGCUGCCAGCACUGCCGCCUGCAGAAGUGCCUGCGCCUCGGCAUGUCCCGCGACGCCGUCAAGUUCGGCCGCAUGUCCAAGAAGCAGCGGGAGCGGCUGCACGCCGAGGUUCAGCAGCAGCUGGAGCAGCGGCAGCAGGAGCGGGCGGCUGAGGGGGCGGCUGCCAGCCCCCCAGAGGUGAUGGGGCGCCGGGGCCACCCGCUGACCCCUGCCAGCACCCCGGGGUGCCCCGGCACCCGUCACGGUGCCACGGAUGGCCGGGCUGGUCCCAUGGUGGAGGCAGAGCUGGGGCGGCCAGAGGGGACCGAGCAGAGCCCGGACAAGGACAGGGACGGGGAGGGGGACAGGGACGACCCUGACUUCUACCCCCACCCCGAUGUCAGCAGCCUCCUGGAGUCACCCACAUCCUCCGGCCUGGAGAUCGAGCACCUCACCCAGAAUGUCCUCAAGUCGUACCGGGAGACGUGCCAGCUCCGUGCCGAGGACCUGCAGCUCCGGCGCUGGGACAUCUUCUCCCGCGAGGAGGUCUGCGCCUACCAGAAGAAGUCGAUGGAGGAGAUGUGGCAGUGCUGUGCCGGGCGCAUCACCGAGGCCAUCCAGUACGUGGUGGAGUUCGCCAAACGCCUGCGUGGCUUCAUGGACCUCUGCCAGAACGACCAGAUCGUCCUCCUCAAAGCGGGUACGGGGCCACCACGUCCCCUGUCCCCAGCCGCAGGGCCACCAUGCCCCCCUUGUCCUCUGCCCUGGGCUCCUCUCAUUCCUUUGUCCUCCUCCCCAGGGCCACCAUGUCCCCUUGUCCUCAGCCCUGGGGCCACCAUGUCCCCCUGUCCCCAGACUUCGGCUCAUCUUGUCCCCUGUUCCCAGCCCUGGGUCCACUGUGUCCCCUUGUCCCCAGCCCCAGGGCCACCACGUCCCCAGCCCCACAGUCCCUGCUGCCCCAUCUCCCCCGCCCUGGUGUCCCCAGGCCAUGGGACGCUCUGGUCCCAUCAGGGAGGUGACAGUCCCACGGGUCCCACCUGGGAGAUGACAGUCCCCAAGGGCCACCCCAACCCCACCGGGGAGGUGACAAACCCCAGGGCUGGUGCUGCGGGGGCACCGACCCAACCUGCAGCAGUGGCACCGUGGGCCCCUGCGUCCCCGGUGCCACCGUCCCCGUCCCGCUGCCGGGCGGUGGCAGGUGCCAUGGAGGUGGUGCUGGUGCGCAUGUGCCGAGCCUUCAACUCCGACAACCGGACUGUCUUCUUCGAGGGCAAGUACGCCAGCACCGAGCUCUUCCGAUCCCUGGGCUGCCACGAGCUCAUCGGCUCCAUCUUCGAUUUCGCCCAGAGCCUCUGCGCUCUGCACGUCUCGGAGAGCGAGGUGGCCUUCUUCAGCGCCCUCGUCCUCAUCAACGCCAGCCGCCCGUGGCUGCAGGAGCCGGCGAAGGUGGCACGGCUGCAGGGACGCCUGGACGUCGCCUUCCGCCUGCUGCUGCGCCGCACACGCCGCGAGGGGCUGCUGGCCAGGCUGCCGCCGGCCGGGCACCUGCGGGCGCUGUGCUCGCAGCACGUGGAGCAGCUCCAGGCCUUCCGCCGCCUGUGCCCCGCCGCGCUGCACGUCGCCUUCCCGCCGCUCUACCGCGAGCUCUUCGCUGGCGAGGCCGAGACCCCCGGUGCUGCCCGCUGAGCCCCUGCCUGGGACCCCUGCACCGGGGUGCUGCCGCAGCCAGGCCGGCACCCGCACCCCGAGGGGCCCUGGCACCCGUGGGGAUCCAUCACCCGGUGACACCCCAACACCCAGUGAUGGUCUGUCACCUGGCAAGAUCUAGUCACCUGGUGAUGGUCUGUCACCCACUGAUGCUCCGUCACCCAUGGAAGAUCCAUCACCCGGUGACACCCCAUCACCCAGUGACGGUCUGUCACCCAUGGAGGAUCCAUCACCUGGUGACGUUCUUGUCACCUGGUGGGAUUUUGUCACCUGGUGAUGGUCUGUCACCCAGUGGGGUUUUGUUACCUGCUGACAGUCUGUCACCCAGUGAUGGUCUGUCACCCAUGGAGGAUCCAACACCCAGUGACACUCUGUCACCCAGCCAGAUCUUGUCACCUGGUGAUGGUCUGUCACCCAUGGAGGAUCCAUCACCCGGUGGCACCCCGUCAUCCAGUGAUGCUCCGUCACCCGGCUCUGUCCCCCCAGGAGGGUCUGUUACCCAGUGGCCUUCAUUGCACGGUGACACGCCAUCCCACGUGGGUGCCCCGUCACGCGGGGGCGCCCCCCACCCCAGCCCGUGGCCCCGCCCCCAUCCCCGGGCCCCCCCACGGCCCAGGCAGCCACGCGUGCGCCGCGCGACGGUGGGGCGGCGGGGGCGAGCGGCGGGACGGCUGUACCGAGGCGAAUAAAGGCAUUGCUGGG